CUUCACUGGAGAUGAGCUGCCAGGCGCUGAUGAGACCGGGCCGUUUGGACCGCAUCGUGUACGUCCCGCUCCCAGACGCCCAGACCCGCCGUGACAUCUUCAACAUCCAAUUCAGGAACACGCCGGUGUCCCCCGACGUCAGCCUGGACCUCCUGGUGGGCCGGACAGAGAAGUACUCCGGAGCCGAGAUCUCGGCGGUGGUGCGGGAGGCCGCUCUCCUGGCCCUGCAGCAGGACAUCGCGGUGCAGCAGGUGACGGCGGACCACCUCCACGCCGCCCUGCAGGUGGUCCGGCCCCGGGUCCCCGAAUCCCUCCUGCAGACCUACCGCCGGUACCAGCAGCAGAGCCCCGCCCCCUUCUGAGGCCCGCCUCCCAUUGGCCCGGCCCAACCACCUGACCUCAGUGUGUGAAUAUGUGAAUAUGUUUCA